AUGGCUUUCAUUCCACACAGAAGCGUCUACUUAUCUAGAUAUCAGACUCCAUUUAGAAGAAGAAGACAAGGUAAGACCGAUUACUAUGCCAGAAAGAGAUUGAUCACUCAACACAAGGCUAAGUACAACACUCCAAAGUACAGACUUGUGGUCAGAUUCACCAAUAAGGACAUUAUCUGUCAGAUUGUUUCCUCCACUCUUAAGGGAGAUAUGGUUUUCUGUGCUGCUUACUCUCACGAAUUGCCAAGAUACGGAAUUAAGCACGGUUUGACUAACUGGCCUGCUGCUUACGCUACUGGUCUAUUGGUUGCCAGAAGAGCUUUGCAAAAGCUUGGCUUAGAUGAGACUUAUGCCGGUGUUGAAGUGCCUGAAGGAGAAUUUGGUUUGACUGAGGCUGUUGAAGACGGUCCAAGACCAUUCAAGGUGUUCCUCGAUGUUGGUUUGCAAAGAACCACUACUGGUGCCAAGGUGUUUGGUGCUAUGAAAGGUGCAUCUGACGGUGGCCUUUAUAUUCCUCACUCCCCAUCAAGAUUCCCAGGUUGGGAUAUUGAGGUUGAUGAGUUGGAUGACGAGUUGUUGAGAUCAUACAUCUUUGGUAACUACAUUUCUGAGUACAUGGAUGAUUUGAUUGAUGAUGAUGAGGAGAGAUACCAGUUGUUGUUCAAGUCCUACGUUAAGGACGGUAUCGAUUCCGAGUCUAUUGAGGAGAUUUAUACUGCUGCUCACGAAGCCAUCAGAGCGGACCCAACCUUCAAGGCAACUGAGAAGAAGUUCACCAAGGAGCAAUAUGCUGAAAACUCUAAAAAGUACAGACAGAAGAAGUUGACCAACGAGGAGAGAAAGGCCAAUGUUGCUGCCAAGAUCGCUUCUUUCAAGACUCAGACCUCUGCUUAA